AUGGAUGUCUUGAUGGCAGUGUCGGAGCCGUACAGCAUAUUUCUGCUGGUUUAUUGCGCAUUGAUCGCCGAGGUGUCGGUGCCGGCGGUGAGGGCUGUCAACACCAAAUGCGAUUGUGUCGUAUUCGACGAGACAUUUGGCAAAGAGUUCGGUGUCUUCACGUCACCCAAUUGGCCCGUACCAUAUGUAGACAAUAUAAACUGUUUGUUGUACUCAUUCCUGGCCGAUAGCCAUCAGAUCGUGGAAAUCACUUUCGAUGAGUUCGACGUCCAGAAGACCACAAUCGACUGCGAAUACGGCGAUUUCGUGAAACUAUUCCUGCAUUUGGACGCACCGGGAGUUAAUGAGAAGACCGCGUGGAACUCCAUUCUGUGCGGAAAGAUAGCAGAUAUUGAACAAACCCACUAUAGCUCGCAUUCAAACCUUAUAUUUGAGUUCCGGUCCGACUGGAGAAACGCUAAUAACACCGGCUUUCGGGGGACGUAUAGGUUCUUAGAUAAGCAAAUGUUUCGUACGGAUGGAGAGCUGAUCGCCAAAAGUAAAUGUGAUUAUAAGUUCGUGAGCACAGCCACCACUAAUGGCACCGUACGGUCGAGGGGCCGCUUCUACAGUCCACAGUACCCGUCGACGUACCCCAAGAACACGGAUUAUGUGGAGUUAGUGUCGACGGGGCCGGUGCUGUUCGUCCAGUUCCUGAGCCGCAGUCAUACGCCUGGACAGGGAUUUAAAGGCAAAUUCAUAUUCGACACGAUAGCUAGCGGUGCGAAAGCUACGGGCGCCGACAUACCAUCUACUGAGGGGCCGCGCAUAUCGACGGGCGGCAAAACAGUGUACAUCGCGGGCGAAGUGGUUCUGGCGAACUGCACGUCAGCCAAGUCUAAACCCGGAGCUUAUCUUAAUUUCACUAUUAAUGAUGAGCCGGUCGGUGCGGAACACGACGUGGAGUACAGCACGACAUUACACGCCGACGGCUUAGAGACAUCGAGUCUUAGCCUGAGAUUCAAAGCACAAGACAAACAUUUUCUGACCACAAGUGGCCACAUGACCCUCAAGUGCACGUCCACUAUAUCCCGGCUCUACAAAAUCAAAAACGAGGCACAACUCAUACUUUACAAUAAGAAUGAUAAACAACAGCAACAGUCGGGCCUUCAUAUCAUGAAUAGUGAGAAUUUAAGCCAAGAAUAUUUUUGCCGAUAA